AUGGGGGACAAAAAUACUCCGCUCUUAGCUGUACUACAGUUACUCAGAAAGUAUAAUUUAAAGGGCACAGAAGACAUAUUAAGAAAAGAAGCAAGCUUGGGAGAUGUAGAGUACGAAAAUUUAGAUUUACCUGAAGUGGAAUUGGCCAGUAUUCUCACAGCACAUCAUACUGAAAGUGAUCCUUAUAGUUAUGAAUUUGCUUAUGAUACCUUGAAGAAGUUUGUUGAAAACUCUCUAGAUAUUAACAAGCAUGAGCUGUCAACACUUUUAUAUCCUGUAUUUGUUCAUAUGUAUCUUCUCUUAAUAAUCUACGACCACAAUGAACAUGCUGUAAACUUUUUGGAGAAAUUUGGCACAGAACAAGAAGAUUAUUGCCAGGAGGAUUUAAAACGAUUGUCUAUUGUGAAGCAUAAAGAUCAAAUAAAGGGCAAUGAGCUUGCUGAAAUAUACAGCACAAACAAGUUUGUUGUCCAACUAUCAAGAGAUGCAUCUUCUCAAUUAAAACGUUUUCUGCAUGAACAAAAAAGUUCAACUGUCAUAAUUAACAUUAUAAAUAAUCACAUACAAGUUGAAGUUCAUGAUGGUCCUGGUAGAACUCAAGCCCAAGUACGGGCUACCACUGGUGGAAUUCUUGGUGAAGCUACUAGAAAUGAGAAUCGCACAAAAGUUUAUUAUGGUCUUCUAAAAGAACCCGACAUACAAGUUUUACCAGCACCUGUUGAAGAUGAAGAGGAAGUUGAAGAGACACCAGAUAAACCAAAAAAGAAGAAAGCAAAGAAAGAUAACAUUUUUAUGAAAAAACCAAAAUCUGAUCCCAAUGCACCUCCAAAUGAUAGAAUUCCACUACCAGAACUGAAGGAAACUGAUAAAAUUGAGAAAGGAAAAGCAUUAAGAGAAGCCUCUAAGCGCAUACAGUUAGGACCAGAGAGUCUACCAUCCAUAUGCUUUUAUACACUUCUUAACAGUGGUCACACAGCAGUUUGUACCGACAUAUGUGAUGAUUCUACCUUGCUAGCUGUUGGCUUCAGUAACUCGCACAUUAAGGUGUGGACUUUAACACCUGUAAAAUUAAGGGGAAUGAAAUCAGCUGAAAAAUUACAAGAUAUUGACAGAGAAGCAGGGGAUGUACUCGUUAGAAUGAUGGAGGAGAAAGAUAGAGAUACAUGCCGCACUCUCUAUGGUCAUUCAGGGUCUGUCUACAAAGUUGCUUUCGAUCCAUUCAAAACUCUAUUACUUUCGUGCUCUGAAGACUCGACUGUGAGACUAUGGUCACUUCAAUGCUGGACAUGUUUGGUCGUUUACCGCGGCCACGUAUGGCCAGUGUGGGACGUCCGUUGGUCGCCGCAUGGACAUUACUUCGUGUCCGCUGGACAUGACCGCACUGCUCGUCUCUGGGCGACCGAUCAUCAUCAACCUCUCAGAAUAUUUUCCGGCCACUUAUCGGAUGUUGACUGCGUGCAGUUCCAUCCAAAUUCAAAUUAUGUAGCUACUGGGUCCAGCGACAGAACAGUUCGAUUAUGGGACUGUUUGACGGGUACACAAGUUCGAAUCAUGACAGGACACAAGUCGACAAUAUUUACUUUAGCGUUUUCCGUGUGUGGGAGAUGGCUGGCAUCAGGUGGCAGUGCUGGGGAGCUUUUAGUGUUUGACAUUUCGACCGGUUCUCCGUCUGCUUUGCUGCCGCCACUGCAUACCGCGCCCAUACACGCAUUAGCUUUCAGUCGUGAUGGUACCGUUUUGUCAUCAGGUUCCUUGGACUGCACUAUAAAACUAUGGGAUUUCGCUGCUAUAACAGAAGAAGCUAAUGGUGAAGAAGCAGGAGCUAAUAAUUCAAUACAGAAGGAGGAAAAGUUCUUGUUGAGAUCAUUUGCAACAAAAAAUUCACCCAUAAAGGGCUUGCAUUUUACUCGUCGUAAUCUAUUACUUGCUGUAGGUUCGUAUGAAGGUAGUGCUUAA